UGCUUAUAUAUAAACAUUAUAUUAAUGAAGUAUAAAAAUAUGAAUUCAAUGUCUGGCUAUAAUACUGACCGCUUUGUUAAUUUGAAUGAAUGGGAAAGGGAUGAACUGACAUGUAGUUCGUGUCAAAACAUACUGAACAGCCCUGUAGUCACACAAUGUUGUCUACAAAUGUAUUGCCGGCACUGUAUUCAAGCAAUCAUAAAAUCUAACUACAAGUGCCCUAACGAUGAUAAACCAAUGACCAUUUGGCAACUUACCCCACCACCAAGGGCUAUUACAAAUAUGCUGGCUAACUUGAAAAUAAGUUGUGACUUUAAAGGACGUGGUUGCAAUGAAAUAUUAAAGUUAACGGAGCUAGCUGACCACGUUACUAAUUGCAAAUAUAAUGUUCCCAUGUGUGAUAAGUGUAAUUGCAAGCUCACUACUGACCAUGAUUGUUUAACUGAUCUAGUUAAAUUGAAUGAGCUAUUAAAAUUGCAAGUCGAGUCCAAAAAUAUGAUUGUUAAUAAUGUGUUAAGUGAGCAAGAUGCAUUUAAGUCGGCCCGUAAACAUAUGCAAGAUCAGAGAAUUGUGCAAUGUGACAUUAAUGGCAAUAUGAAAGAAUGUUGUAGCAGCCGGGAAGAUUACGAUGGAUUCAGACAACGAAUAUUAACUGAGAAAAUAAAACCCGAUUUAAAUGUAAACAAAUCGGAUAUGAAUGAGACUAUGGUUUACGACAUCCAACGCAUCACUAUUAAUGCCAUUAAGGAGUCGGAAAAGAUUAGCGAAAUGACUGCACAAAUACGCAGUGAUAUGAACCGAAACUACCCUGAUUGUAAUUGGCAAUGCUUUGUGUACUCAUUUCCCGGCUCAUAUUCAAUUCAGCGCCAAUUGGGAAAGGAUUUGCUUACCUUUGCUAUUAAAUAA